CACGUCUGUAUCAAGGGCGAGAGAAACGCUAUGCCGUUAUGUACGCCACGCACAGAGCCUAUGUUUGAAAUCAUAUGCAUUCGCGGGAACCCCACUACCUUACUAGCGUACGAAGUCGAUCAUCGUCGCUGUCCAGCUGACCCAGGGCCGGCGCUUGUCUGAGUUCAUACCGUGAGAAAUGGCUGUGUUCAUUGAGCGCUCAUGUCUUCACGUGACCCGACGAGAAAUCCCAUCCCUCCAGCCGGGCAGCCUUGGGGUCGACAUCGGCUGGCCGAGCUCCAUCCUAAUAGACGAAGGUCGACAGUCAACUAAAACAUGUACGCCCGUCGGUCAGCCCGGAUAUUCCGCGCGCGGCAGCAGUGGCGCUCAGCUGCUACAUCCGCCAAGUUCGCGAGCAGCUCUAACUCGUCGAACCAACCUGCGCCAGCCCCGGGGAAAUGGGCCCGGCCGUCCCCCGUGCUGCCCCCGUCGCUCGGGAAGUGGACCCGCCCCGACCCGGCCACCCCGCCGUCCAGCGCAGCGCGGCCAGGCGCGUCAAGCGGCAGCAAGUGGGACAGACCGACCGACUCGACUGCCAGCAGCAAGUGGGAUCGGCCGGCCAACUCUACCGCAGGCAGCAAAUGGGACCGCCCCGCGGACCCAGGCGCCAGCAGCAAAUGGGCACGACCCGCAGAUUCCAUCGCGGGCAGCACCAGCAAAUGGGACCGCCCUGCCUCCUCCUGGGCGACUCCUAACCCUACCCGCGACCGCCCUCCUAUGCCCUCCUCUUCUUCGUCCAAUCCGUCGCGGCCAGGUGGCACACCCCCUCCACCGUCGACCUCCCGAGAGCGCGUCAACCCGGCCGCGUUCGUCCCUGGCGUUCCGCGCGCGGGCAGCAUCUGGUCUUCCCGGCGCAGUCACGCGCCCCCCGAGCCCUCCACCUCCUCUCUCGACAAUCUCGACAAUCUGAUUUGGGCCACCCCCUCCUCCGAGCAGGCGCCCAAGCCCAAACGGCAAUCCAUCGACCUGCUCAACGACCCCGACCCCGACCCGGCCCCGGCCCCCGUCACUGCCUCCGGCCAGGUCAGCGCAAGCCCGAGCGGACUCCGGCGCGAGCCGCUCCCGCAUCUAUCCCCGAAGCACCGCAGGGUAACCCCGGUCGAGGAUGCCCCCCAAUCUCCCGCCCAAUCCGCCCAAACGCGAGACGCGAAGACCAACGGCGAUUCGAAGACGUGGUCGCCCGCGCGCUACGCGGCCCUCGAGGACGACUCCGCCCUUACCACCACUUCGGACGCGCGGCGCCUGGGGCACAAGGAACGCGGGCACAAGCACCGCGGCUCCCUGCGCGCACAGGCAGAGGCGGAGUUGGACGAGGCGGAGGGCCGGGCUCGGAAUAGGAAGGAUAAGGACCACAGAAGUGCGGAGGCGCAGCGGAAGGAGAAGGAGAAGGCGAGGCGGGCGAAGGAGGUGUCGGUGGACGUGUUCGUGCCGCAGCUGUGCACAGUCGCGAACCUCGCGCGGCUGUUGAAUGUCCGGCUGCCUACGCUACAGCGGAAGAUGCAGGAAGCUGGUAUGGCGGAAGAAGCAGCGCCCGAACACAUUCUGACCUCUGAAUAUGCAUCACUCCUUGCGAUGGAGUUCAACCGCAACCCCGUCAUCAACGAUGAAGCCGCUUUCGACAUCUUCCCCGAACCGUCGACGGCGGACCCGGCGAAGCUCCCCGCGCGCCCACCGGUGGUAACGAUUAUGGGCCACGUUGAUCAUGGCAAGACGACGCUGCUCGACACGCUCCGGCAUGCGUCCGUUGCCAAGGGCGAAGCCGGCGGGAUCACGCAACACAUCGGCGCGUUCUCGGUGCCCGUCAAAUCCGCCUCCUCUUCAUCGUCCAGCGUCAAAAGCAUCACGUUCCUCGAUACGCCCGGACACGCCGCGUUCUCGGCGAUGCGUGCGCGCGGCGCACGCGUGACGGACAUCGUGGUGCUCGUCGUCGCCGCGGACGACGGCGUCAUGCCGCAGACGCGGGAGGUGAUCGACCUCAUCAAGAAGGACGAGGGCAAGCUCGGCGUCGUCGUUGCUAUCAACAAGGUCGACAAGCCCGAGGCUGAUGUGGAUCGGGUACAGAAGAUGCUUCUCGCGGAGGGCCUCCAGCUCGAGGUCUUCGGCGGCGACAUCCCCUCCGUAGAGGUCUCCGGCCUGACCGGCGCCGGGCUCGACCAGCUCGUCGAGACGCUCUCCGCGCUCGCAGAGAUGCAGGAGCUUCGUGCCGAGCAGGACGGCCAGGUGCAGGGCCACGUGCUCGAGUCCAAGGUGCACAAGGGCCUCGGACCGGUCGCGACCGUACUCGUCCUCCGCGGGACGCUCAAGCCGGGCACGCACCUCAUCUCCGGCCUCGCGCACGCGAAGGUGCGAGCGAUGACGGACUCGGCGGGCAAGGCCGUCAAGGCCGCGCUGCCCGGGGCGGCGGUGACCGUGUCCGGGUGGAAGGAGCUGCCGUCAGCCGGGGAGGAGGUGCUGUCCGCGGGCGAGGGCGAGAUCAAGCGGGCGCUCGCGAACCGGGAGCGGCGGGCGCGCGAGGAGCGCAUGCUCGGUGACCUGGGCGCGAUCAACGAGCAACGGCGGGUGGAGCGUGAGGUGAAGGAGGAGGAUCAGGGGAAGGACGGCGAGAAGGACUGGGAUAGGGAGAGGGAGAGGGAGAGGGAGAGGGAGGGCGGCCCCAAGGAGCUGAAGUUGGUGAUCAAGGGGGACGUGAGCGGGAGCGUGGAGGCGGUCGCGGGCGCGGUGCAGGGGAUUGGGAACGAUAAGGCGGUGGUGAAGAUCGUGUCGACCGGGGUGGGACCGGUGACGGACUCGGAUGUGAUGAUGGCCAAGGCCGCCGAAGGUAUCGUCGUCGCCUUUGGCGUGAACACCCCGCGCUCGGUCGAACAGACUGCGCACCAGAACGGGGUAGCGAUCUACACCUCGGAUAUCAUCUACCGCGUGAUGGAGGAGGUUAAGAGCCGCGUGAUCGACCUCCUCCCGAAGGUCGUAGAGCAGCGCGUGACGGGCGAGGCGACGGUGCUGCAGCUAUUCGACAUUCACCUGAAGCAGAAGAAGAUCAUGAAGGUCGCCGGGUGCCGGGUGGUCAAUGGCGUAUUGCAAAAGGACAAGAUGGCGCGGGUGGUCAGAGGCGGUGCGACGGUGUACGAAGGUCCCGUGGAGACAUUGCGGCACCUCAAAAAAGAUGUUCAGGAGAUCCGCAAGGGACUAGAAUGCGGUAUCAACGUCGGCGCCUUCGCCGACUUCCAACCGGGUGACCUGAUCCAAACUUACGAGGAAGUCGUCAAGCCAGGCCAGCUCUGAGAUGCUCAAAAGCGCAUAGAAUCAAAAGACGUAGAUAAUCACUGCUCAAUGCUGCAUUGUCGACAGACACAUUGUCCAUUACUCUAGACGCCACGCAUGGCAUAGAAUACAUUAGGCGCCUUUCCUAUUUUCUUGCGCAAGGAUCAUCUCCUUCGCGCCGAUGGUUCCUGUACGUCCCUGGACACCAAAUGUCAAGGUUUCAGCGACGUAUGUCGAACCGCUGGGCUUUUCUAGGAGACUCCAGCUGCGAGCAUCCUGCUUCUUGAGCAAAACUUCAACCUUGGUCCCGAAGAAUUUAUAGGAGGAAGCUUCGUGGUCGACGGGCCCGAAUAAGUCUAUGGACCGUCGGAAACGCUUGGCUUCCGGUAGUACGAUGUCCAAGUGCAGCUGUUGCUCCUCGAUCUUCACGGUGCUGCGCUCCGGAUCCGCCUUCUUCGCAAAUACCGAGACAUGUACCUCGCUGGGCGUCUGAUAAUGAUCGAUGCGACAGUCCGUGAGCUGCUCUUCCGUCUGCGGUGACGUUUUGGGGACGAAAAGGUGCCUGCCCGUGUGACAGCCUUCAAUCUUGAGGAACUCGUCGAACUCCAGGACGCGUCGCUUGCAGCACAAAUAGCCCUUGCUGCCUUCAUGGAAUAUGGGCGCUUUUGGGUGGAAUUUGCAGACAGUUCCAGGACCAUCACCAACGCGAUGAGUAGCGUCAUCCUCGUAUACUAUCGAGCAACCAUUACGCUUGCACUUGGUUCCGGGCGCCACAGAGGCACUCAGAUCGUCCUCCUCUAUGACGGGUGCGGGAGCCGGCGCAGGCGGUGCGGUCGGGGCAGGGGUCGAGACAGUCGGGUUGAGCGACGUGCUUGCCAUCGCCGCUGUCGCCGCUGCAACUUGAUACGUCUCGCUGCCGUCGGAAGCGCCGGUCAUGGUGGCAUUGUUACUCGGCGCAGGCUUGGGAGGGUCCUCCUUGGGUUUAGGAUGACACACGUCGUCGUACCGUUAUCUUCAUGAAGUCAUCGAAAUCCAACACCGGUUUGUUCACAUCCGAGCAGCACGACCACGAUUUGAGACCUUCGUGAAAUACAGGGGCACCGGGAUGGUACACGCAUUCGUCGGGAGCAUCUGCUGGAUCGUAGUCCUUGUUGCAACCUCUGUUCUGACACUGCACCAUGUUGAAACGCGUACAAUUGUCGU